AUAAGACACUUACAUGAACAUUCCCUGCAGAAUGAUUUUGGCCUGUAAUUCCCAAAUGGAAGAGGACACCACCAAAUCCAUGUUCAAAAAUGCGAUGAAGGAAAAUUGGGAAGAAGUUGUGAGAGUCUGCAAGGACAAUCCAAGGGCCCAAGAGGCCAAGAUCACAAGAUCAGGAGAUACAGCAUUGCAUGUUGCCAUCUAUGGUAGAAGAGAAGCAACAGCGAGAAAGCUGGUGGAUCUAAUCGCCAACCAAGACCUCGAGAGAAUCCUAGCCAUAAAGAACGAUCGAGGGAACAUUGCACUCCAUCUAGCGGCCACCCUUGGUAUGGUGGAGAUUUGCUUGUGCAUGGCUAGAAAAGUCCCUGAACUAAUUACAUCCCGCAACAACGACGGCGAGACACCGCUCUUCUUAGCCGUCUAUCAUGGAAGGAAGGAGACAUUCAUGACCCUUCAUUCCAAGUGCCCAAAUGGUGAUGAUAUUUCGCUUUGUAGAAGAGCUGAUGGGAACACUAUUCUACAUUGUGCCAUCAUGGGAGAGUACUUUGAUCUGGCCUUUAUCAUAAUUCACAAGUACCCAACGCUGAUUAACUCUCACAAUGAGAAGGGGCAAUCAGCUCUGCAUCUAAUGGCUAGCCAUCCUUCCCUUUUUAGGAGUGGACGUCCACUUGGCACAUUCGAUUCUAUCAUCUACGACUGUACACCGACUGAUCCGUUUGAAGAAGAGACACUUUUCAACAGCACGUAUUUACUUGAUUCUGAUAGAGAGAGAGAAUGCCCAUUACCACAGAAUUACACGGCUUGCUGGGAUUUCAUCACUUUUUUAUGGAAGCUGACUGCCAUCUUCUUCGCCAGGUACAAAAGGGAAUCCAAGAAUGCCAAGUCCUUAAUAGAAUGUAACAAGUCCGUGCAUGUAUACGGAAGAGACGUAGAACAGCCAGACCAUGACAGCCACCAUCCGGACCCACAGCCUUCAGGUGUUGGUGGCAGAGAAGGGCAUAUUUUCAUUGAACAUGUUGAGAGAGGCGAACGUGUUGGCGGAAGUGAAGGGCUUGUUUCAAUUGAACGUGUUGGCAUACAAAACGGAACUACACCGUCCAGGCCAUCUUCAAAGCCAGUUCAAGUGCUUCCACCCAAUUAUGACACAUGCGUCUACAUGCUCAAGCUUGCCAUUAAAGUGUUUCUCGUUCUGCUCGGAUUAGGGUAUCGGAGGAUAAAUAAAAUCAAAGACAAGAAACAGAAGCACACCAGGGCAUCUCAAAUCAUGGAAGAACUAGUAUCCGGUGCAUCUAUCUGGGAGUAUGACAACAAUGGGAGGAAACCUCAACCUGAUACACAGGUCACCAAACUGAAAAUAGACGAAGAGCCUCCUCACACAUCUCAAAGUCUGACUCCAAAAGAAAAUAAUGAUUCCCAAGGUGGUCCUAAAAAUGCAGCUAAGAAGGAAGAAGAAGGAGGUAAUGCAAAGGAGGCUAACAUUGCACAAUACCUUCAGGUUUUCAGUUUGUGCAAGCAAGGCUCAUUGUCAAUCAUCCAAAAUGUUGCUAUUUUGGUACAUCCAUAUAAAAUCUCCAACAUUGAAAAUUUUGAUAACUUUUGA